GCAGAGUCCACUCGAAAAGACAAAACCUUUUCCAAGUUUGCCGCCUCAUCGCUCACUUUUCAUGUCUCCAGUUUAUUGUUAGAGUCUUCAUCUACCUCAGUUCUUAUCUUCAGACAGAACCCAGAACAUGGAGGGUGGAUUGAAGCCAAUGGAUACUGAGCAGCUCAGAGAGAAUGCUCACAAGAUGGUGGAUUUCAUUGCUGAUUACUACAAAACCAUUGAGGAUUUCCCUGUUCUCAGCCAAGUUCAGCCCGGAUAUCUCCGAGAACUUCUACCUGAUUCUGCGCCUACUCAACCAGAAUCUUUGCAACAUAUAUUUGAUGAUAUCCAGGCCAAGAUACUACCAGGGGUGACCCAUUGGCAGAGUCCAAACUUCUUUGCUUAUUAUCCUUCUAAUAGCAGCAUUGCUGGAUUUUUGGGGGAGAUGCUCAGUGCUGGUCUUAACAUUGUGGGUUUUAGUUGGGUGACUUCUCCUGCAGCAACAGAACUGGAGAUGAUCGUUCUUGAUUGGCUUGCUAAAUUGAUUAAACUUCCAGACGAGUUUCUUUCAGCAGGACAAGGUGGUGGUGUGAUACAAGGCACUGCAAGUGAGGCUGUUCUAGUUGUAAUGCUGGCUGCUCGUGAUAAGAUUUUGAGAAGGGUAGGGAAAAAUGCCCUUGAGAAGCUUGUUGUUUAUGCAUCUGAUCAAACACAUUCAGCCUUGCAGAAAGCCUGUCAGAUAGCAGGAAUCCAUCCUGAGAAUUGCAGGAUGCUGAGUACCAGCUCAACUACUAAUUAUGCUCUUUCCCCCAGUGUACUUAAUGAAGCAAUUUCAAAUGACAUCACCUGUGGUUUAAUUCCUUUUUUCUUAUGUGGAACAGUUGGUACUACUUCUUCAACAGCAGUUGAUCCAUUGGUAGUACUGGGAGAGAUUGCAAAGGACAACGAAAUGUGGUUCCAUGUCGAUGCUGCAUAUGCUGGCAGUGCCUGUAUUUGUCCUGAAUACCGCCACUACAUUGAUGGUGUUGAGAAAGCAGACUCAUUUAACAUGAAUGCUCAUAAAUGGUUUCUCACGAACUUUGAUUGUUCAGUGCUCUGGAUCAAGGAUAGAAAUGCUUUGGUCCAAUCCUUGUCUACGAAUCCUGAGUUCCUGAAAAACAAGGCAUCUCAAGCAAACAUGGUUGUGGAUUACAAAGAUUGGCAAAUUCCACUUGGACGACGGUUUAGAUCAUUGAAGCUAUGGAUGGUGUUGCGACUUUAUGGUUUGGAGAACCUACAGUCCUACAUAAGAAAUCAUAUCAAUUUGGCCAAAAAAUUUGAAGAGCUUGUUGCUCAAGACCCCCGGUUUGAGAUUGUUACUCCACGACUCUAUUCGUUAGUUUGUUUUCGCCUUCUGCCUCCUCAUGGUGAUGAGGCCUGCGCCAGAAAAUUGAACCAUGACCUAUUAGAUGCUGUAAAUUCAACAGGGAAGAUUUACAUUUCUCACACAGUCCUCUCUGGUACAUACAUAUUACGUUUUGCAGUAGGAGCUCCAUUGACUGAGGAGAAGCAUGUUAAUGCAGCAUGGAAGGUUUUGCAAGAUGAGGCAUCUGCACUGCUAGCAACCUCUUUAGGUUGACCUUUCUUCCCACAAAUUUAGAAGCAUGGAAGCCUUUUAUUUUCUAUUGCAUUACAAUGCCAAUUCAAAUCCUCAAGACAUUUUUUUAAAAGGCCUUAAUCUUUAUUAUCCUACCGAAAGACUCAGCUACCUAAUUAUAUCUGCUCAACCAAAUGGCCUCAAAGACUUUUGUUUGUUUCAUCAAACUCUUGGUUGGCCAAAAUGGCAAAAUGUACUCUGAAAGCUAGGGUCUCUCAACCAACACAGUACA